AUGGACCAGCGCGCCGUAUUUGAUGCCGUUACUGCCGCUAUUGAGGCUGACCACAGCACUGCCCACUUCUUCGUACAGGGCCCAGCAGGCACAGGCAAGACGUUCCUCUGGCGCUGUAUAUGUGCCUACUAUCGCUCUACAGGCCGGGUGGUCCUGUGCGUUGCGUCGUCGGGUAUAGCUGCUGUCCUGCUGCCCGGCGGCCGCACUGCCCACUCCCGUUUCCGGAUCCCGUUGGAUAUCCACGACGAUUCCAUCUGCCCUGUUGCUCCAGGCUCGGAGCUUGGGCGGCUGCUGCAGGCCGCUACUCUAGUUAUCUGGGACGAGGUGCCUAUGCAGCACCGUUACUGCUUCGAGGCAGUCCACCGUAUGCUGCAGGACGUCCGUAGCUCCCCUGCCCUGUUUGGCGGCCUCCCUGUAAUUGCCAGCGGCGAUUUUGCCCAGAUCCUACCCGUCGUCCGCCGGGGCCAGCGGCCUGCCAUCGUCAACGCCUGCCUGCAGCAGUCUACGCUCAUAUGGCCGCACAUGACCGUACUGCACCUGCGUCAGAAUAUGCGGGUGCUAUCUGGGGCUGACAACACCUGUUUUGCAGCCUGGUGCCGGGGACUGGCUACCCGUGAGAUGGAUGGCCUGAUCUCCAUCCCAGACUGGAUGACCGUCUACUACAGCCUACAGGGCUUCCUGGAUCACGUCUAUCCGCCGCACCUCCUCCAGCAGGCUGCUGCGGACUAUCAGGUCCUCAACGGCCGUGCUAUACUGGCCGUACGGAACGACGCAGUGGCUGUAAUCAACGCCGCAAUGCUUGCUGCCUUCCCUGGUGAGCUAGUAGAGCUGGUUGCAGUGGACUCUGCUGAGGUUGAGGACAAUACAACACAGGAUCUGCCUCCCGUAGAGCUGCUGCAGUCCUUUGAGCCCCCGUCACUGCCCCCGUCACGCCUUCUGCUCAAGGUAGGCGUACCAAUAAUGCUUCUACGGAACCUGUACCCAAGCCAGGGGCUCUGCAACGGUACCCGUUUAGCGGUUACACAGAUAUCCUCCCGCUGUAUCCAGGCCCGCAUCCUAUCUGGCGAGUUUGCAGGCCAGCUCCGCCUGCUGCCACGUAUCAGGCUCACUUCAACUAGUAGAGAGCUCCCGUUUAUCGUCAGCCGGGUCCAGUUUCCAGUUCGCCUCUCCUUUGCAAUCACUGUAAACAAGUCACAGGGCCAGUCACUCUCUGUUGUAGGCGUUGAUCUGCGUCACGCUGUGUUUACACAUGGCCAGCUAUACGUAGCUAUGUCCCGUGUAACUACACUUGCAGGCCUGUCAAUCCUGCUGCCAGCACCUGAUACUAGCGAUGAGCCAUCCCGUACGGUCCCUAAUAUCGUAUACCCAGAGGUGCUCCUGUAG